AUGAGCAUGGACUCCUGUGUGUUGGAGGUCGCCUUUCAUCCUCUCUAUUACUAUAUCGACAAAAAUCCGGUUCUUCUGCCAAAGAAUGAUCAUCUCACUCGUCUGAUCAUCGAUGAUGCCCAUCUUUGUCUUCUGCACGCCGGUGCUCUCGCUACUCACUCGUUCAUUCGCCGACGUUAUUGGAUUUUGGACGGUGGUAAUGUGGUGCGUAAUCAUCUGCGCAAGUGCAAUAGAUGCUUUUCCUGCAAACCCCGUCCUCUAAUUCAACCAAUGGGCAAUCUUCCACCUGAGCGGCUAUCCUCUGCUGCGGCUUUUCUCACCACUGGCGUUGACUACGCAGGCCCAUUUUAUGUAACGAGUGCACGACUGCGUGGAGCCGUUAGCACCAAGGCAUAUCUAGUUGUCUUCAUCUGUUUCACUACCAAAGCGGUUCACCUAGAAUUGGCAUCUGAGCUGUCCACCCCAGCUUUCAUUGCUGCUUAUCGUCGCUUCGUUGCACUCCGAGGUCAUCCUGCCGUUAUCUUUUCGGACAACGGCACCAACUUCGUGGGUGCACAUAACUACUUCCGUGAUCUUGGCCGCUUAUUGUCCACAACAUCAGCACGUCUUUGUGACGCAGCCACGUCUUCCGGAACUGACUGGCGAUUCAUACCACCUUCCAGUCCUCACUUUGGCGGCCGUUGGGAAGCCGCUGUCAAAUCUGCUAGGCACCAUCUCACUCGCGUUAUCGGCAAGCAAAAACUCACUUACGAGGAGUUCCUUCCCUCUGACUUUGAACUAUCUUAA